CGCAGAACAGAGAGCAGGCAAGCAACCGAGCAUAUGCAACAGAGCUACAUAGCUAAUUACGCCUCAUAAUCUCCCUUCCCGGCAGCUCCGAGCUGUAUGUAGAGUGAGCCCUGCCACUGCUAGCUGACACAACAGCUUGCUGAUUGAUCAUAUCUCAUAGUCCGGGAUCAAGAGAUCUCUGGGAUCAACCUCGAGGGUAGUCGACCGGAGGAGAUCAAGCAACCCAACCGAAGAUGUCGGUGACUUCCAACACCCCGACGAGGGCCAACUCGCGAGUGAACUACUCGAACGAGAUCCACGACCUGUCCACGGUGCAGGACGGCGCCCCCAGCCUCGCCCCCAGCAUGUACUACCAGGAGAAGUCCUUCGCCGACUUCUUCCCUCCCCACCUCGGCAAGAAGGUGAUAUCGGAGAUGGUGGCGACGUUCCUGCUGGUGUUCGUGACGUGCGGGGCGGCGUCCAUCUACGGCGCCGACGUGACGCGCGUCUCGCAGCUGGGCCAGUCCGUCGUCGGCGGCCUCAUCGUCACCGUCAUGAUCUACGCCACCGGGCACAUCUCCGGCGCGCACAUGAACCCCGCCGUCACGCUCUCCUUCGCCUGCUUCCGGCAUUUCCCCUGGAUUCAGGUGCCGUUCUACUGGGCGGCGCAGUUCACGGGGGCGAUGUGCGCCGCGUUCGUGCUGCGGGCGGUGCUGCACCCGAUCACGGUGCUGGGGACGACGACGCCCACGGGGCCGCACUGGCACGCCCUCGUUAUCGAGAUCAUCGUCACCUUCAACAUGAUGUUCAUCACCUGCGCCGUCGCCACGGAUUCGAGGGCGGUGGGUGAGUUGGCGGGGUUAGCAGUUGGUUCCGCGGUUUGCAUUACGUCCAUCUUCGCAGGGCCUGUGUCAGGAGGAUCGAUGAACCCGGCGAGGACUCUGGCGCCGGCGGUGGCCAGCGGCGUCUACACCGGCCUCUGGAUCUACUUUCUCGGCCCCGUCAUCGGCACUCUCUCCGGUGCCUGGGUCUACACCUACAUCCGCUUCGAGGAGGAGCCCUCCGUCAAGGACGGCCCGCAGAAGCUCUCCUCCUUCAAGCUCCGCCGCCUGCAGAGCCAGCGGUCCAUGGCCGUCGACGAGUUCGACCACGUCUGAUCUGAUCGGCCGGCCGGUGCAACUACACCCCACCCCAACUAUAUAUAUAUGCUCUGUAUUGGAUUUGCAUGCGUACGUACGUAAGUGCGCACGUAUACGAGCGCGGGAAGCCAUUUGUAACCAGUCAAAGUAUGUACGAUCCAUGCAUCUACGUGUUUGUACGGGUGUACCGUGUACGAGCGAGCUCUGUGCCAAAGGAACUGAGGUAGUAUUGGAUGGAGCUAGCUUCGUGUGUGUGUGUAUACCAUGGGUACGUAGAUAGCGUGAGUACAUGUCUGGUGUAACGCAUUUGUAUUUUUUGUGAUUUUCUCCAUGUGCCUACAUGCAUGUGUACUUUAUGUUAACUCUUUCGCUUUGUACUGCGUCAGAGGUUGCAUAAGUUUAAUAUGAUGAUGCAGCUAACGGAGCUUGCUUUGCCUGAAAAA